AUGCAUCCAGUGCCUCCGCGAUCAAGCCCCAACAUCGCCGCCGUCACCACGAGGGUGCACCCUUCCGACGCCCUUCACCACAACCGCGCCGCGGAUGACGAUCAUCAUCUUGUGCAGCCGGCGCUCUACACGGUGUGGAAGAGGUCCAGCAUGGGCUUCCACGGCAACUACGGCUUCUCCGUCUACGACGCCGACGGCGCCCUCGCCUUCCGCGUCGAUAACUACUCCCGCCGCCGCAAGCUCUUCGCCGGCGAGCUGCUGCUCAUGGACGGCCAAGGCGCGCCCCUUCUGGCCCUGCGUCCACAGAUCAUCAACAUGCGCGACCAAUGGAAUUGUUACAGAGCAUUAGAAGAAGCCAGUGACAAGAGCUCCUCCAGGCGGCAACACCUCUUCUCCAUGAGGAAAUGCUCACUUGUACAAAGCAAUGACGAAGCAGAAGUGCACAUAUCUGGAUGCAUCACCUCAUCAGAUCAUGAUGCCCAAGCUCCUAGCUUCAGGGUGCACGGUAGCUUCUGGAGGAGAAGCUGCAAGAUCCGAAAAGGCAACGGUGAGGAGGUGGCUAGGGUAACCAGGAAGAAGGCCGGAGCUCUGUCUGAGACGGUGACACUAAGCGAAGAUGUCUUCAGCCUUACCACCAUGCCAAAUGUCGAUCGCACAAUGAUCAUGGCUUUUGUUGUCAUUUUGGACCGGAUCUGCCAGAGGCCAUACGAACCUUUGAUGUGCUCUACGUAG